AUGAACAUCAGUGAUUUUGUAAUACUCCCAGGCUCAAAAACUGGAACCUCGCUGAGAUUAAAAGCAAAAACUGUUAGAGAGUUGCAGGUGGAGAAAGUGCAGUUAGAAAAAGAAACCCAAGAGAUGGAGAAGAAAUUAUGGCAACUACAGUCAAACAUGAGAAGAGAAAAAGAAGAGAGAAAGAAAUCAAGUGCUUAUCGUUGGAAAUCUGGACAUGCAAGGCCAGUGACCAUCCAAGCCCAAGCUUUGUCAGAAAACAAAGAAAGCAAUCAGAAGGUUUCUUCAGGAAAACUGAAGUUGCAAAUACUCAAAGAACAGAUUCAAGAGCCACUGAAAGAACCAUUUAAGCAUGAAAUGGCAAAUGCUGUAGGUCAUCAAAACUCUGAAGUGAAGGUGGUGGCAUGUGGACAACGUGAAAUUAAGAAUACUUUAAUUGUGGGGGAAGCCAAUAGACAUGUGAGAAAAGUGGAAGUCGCUGAUCCCAUCGUCAAGGAUGUAAAUCUGAAUGAAUCAAAAAUUAAUCAUGAGGAGAAGAAAGUAAAUAGCAAGCAUAAGGUCACACCAGACAAGUUUUCGUCUCUGCUAGCAGCAGCAGGCAGUGCUGAGGAACUGUCCUCAGAAUCAGCCCAUACAGACCUUGAAAAUCAGGACAAAGGAUUAUUGUUAAGAGGUACAUUUAAUGAGGAGGAAUCUGCAGAGGCUUUUCAAGAAGCUUUGCUUCAAUGGAGAAAAGGUAAUCAUGGUCACAGAGAACAACUGCGUGCCAGUGAGGUCCUAUCAGAAUCUGUGGGAACUUGUGAGGUACAGACCAGUCUUACUCCUGUAAAGGAACCUCUCCAAAUUGAAUUCAAGAAGGAUGGCCUGAGCUACAUGGAGAAACUCUUACUUAAGAAAUAUAGAAGAACUCCUGUUGAUCAAAUUUCUGAUAGUUGCAUUAAAGAUUUAAGGUCUACACAAACACUGAGUGUACAUCAGGCUAUGACUGGAGCAGAGGGAGGAGAGGAUGAUGAUGAUGUCAAAGACUUAACAGUUGAAGAGGUGAAGAGAUAUUGGAGAUCUGUUUUUAGAGAGGAGGUACCCAACACUGCUUCUGAAAGGGCAGAGUCCUCUUUGAAAAUCAAAGUCCUUGAUGAUUCUUGUGAUGAGGACUUGGAAGAAUCAUCUGACUUUUCACUGAUGGAAACUGGGCCUAUGGGAAUGAAUAAGCAAGAAAAAACUGACCUGAAGCAGUGUGAAAGAAAUCCUGUUCCUUCUAAAGAAAUUUCUCAAGAAAAAAUGGUUGUCUACAGCCUUGAGAGAAAUGCAGUGCAAAAGGAGAAUGUUAAACUAAAGACUAGGAGAAGAUCACUUAGCUCCUGUAAACUCCCUGAAAAGACUUCUAAUCCUACUCAACUAGUGAGCAACAAAUAUCUCCUUGAGACUCAACUGCAGAAAACCAAUAAAACUUCAGAAGAAGUGGACAGUGGCUGCAGUAGCCGGAGUUUGGUUUUGCCUCUAAAUACAAAGUCUUUAGCGUUACAGGAUGUAGCCAAAAGACAGAAAUGUGUUUCUACAUGGUACUGGGGACUUGAAGGUUUCUUUGUUGUAGGUGCAAAGCCUAAUCAAGUAAUGCUUGAAGCACGUUCUUCACAGUGCACUGACUCUAGCCCAGUGGACAGCAGUUUUCUCUUUCCAGGUAAUGGAGAUGGAAAGUGGGUUACUGAAAGGAGCCUAAGUGAAUAUGCUGAUGACUCUGUAGUUCAAAGUGUCUUAAAAAGGCAGCUGAAUAGACUUUCAAAUGUUCUGGAGACUCAAAAUAGAACAUCUGCCCUGAUGGUAGCAUGGAGGUCAUACCCAGGAAAUGAUUCUAGAACACUUUGGUCAACAAAUAUGCUACACUGUAAACUGACUGGAAAGUGUCCUACAAACACUCAACCAAGAUCAAAGAGUUCACCUGUGCAUAUGUUGAGACUUAACAUUGAGAGAUUGAAACACAAAUGCCUUGAUGUAAUUAAACAAGAUGAGUGGGCCUUAUGUAUAAGAUUUCAUAUGGGGCUUGCAGUGACGUUCUCCAUCAGACCUGAGAAGCAUUACAGCUUACCUUCUGAAGGUGUAACCUCUUCUGCUAGUCACUCAGAGAAGAUAUGUACAAAUAAUUCAGAUAUCUAUAAAAACCUGGAGCUAAAAGACCAGAGUGGAGUCGAUACACUCAGGGACUGGGAUGAAAGCCAAGUGGAUGAUGAGGACGAAAUUCUGGAGGAUAAGCAACAGGUUCUUGCAUUACAGUGA